AAAGCAGCUUGAUUUUUCCACCUCCCACUUAGAAUAACUCGUAAUUCUUAUAUUUACUGGGCUUCUGCUUUCGUAUAUCGUUGCAUGUAAAGAAAUCAAUAAGGGAAUAAUGGAGAGCUGCAUUUAAAUCGAAUACCCUGCUGCUAACUUAAUGUUGCCAUUUGAAAAGCGUGUGCCUAAAUCUUCUGGAUUCCCAGACAUCGAGGUUAAGGGUGGAAUUAAAUGGAAGGCUUGAACAGUAAAGAAGGAGUAAUUAGAGUAACAGGUUUUAUGAAAGGACUUUACACGGAUUUUGAAUUGAAAUCAGAUAACGUUAAGGGAGCACCGGUGAGGGCUCUUGGUGUUAAUGGAGACGAUCUCAAAAUCCUACCUUUGUGGCAGUUGUUUGUUUUAAUCUGCUCGGAAGAGUCAAAGGAUAAAGAUGCCAAAAUCAGCUUUCUUCAGAAGGCAAUUGAUGCUGUUGUACUGGUAACAGGAGAGCCACUGUCAGUAAAACCAGCACGUGUUGUAGCUGGACAUGAACCUGAAAAAACCAAUGAAUUACUUCAAGCAAUUGGAAAGUGUUGCUUAAAUAAGCUGUCCAGUGAUGAUGCUGUAAAAAGGAUCUUAGCUGGGGAAAGAGCUGAUGCUAAAGGAAAACCUCCCUUGUCUAAAUCUCGAGAUAAAGAAAACAGAGAAUCCAGAGCAGAAGAGCAAAGAAGCCGUAGAGAUAAAGAGGGUAAAGGGGACUCUGAAAUUAGAGACAGAAGCUCAAGCAGAGACAGAAAACCCAAAGAAGAUUUGAAAGAAGAGAGCAAAGAAAGAGAAAAAGAAAGUGAUAAACAUAAGGAUAAUGAAGACAGGCACAAAGACCCUGAAAGGGACAACUUUAAGGAAGGGGAAAAACAAGAAAGGGAGAGGAACAAAAGCAGAACAACCAAGGAAGGAAGAGAAACAGAAAAAAACAAAGGAAAAGGAGAUAUAGAACGAGAAAAAGAUCUUGAACGUGAUAAAGGACGGGAAAGGGAGAAAAAAAAAGAAGGAGGAAGAGAAAAAGACAGACUGAAAGAAAGAGACAAAGAUAAGGCUAGGGAAAGAGACAGAGACAGAGAAAGGGGAAAAGACCGGGAAAGGGAUAGACGAAGGGACAGAGGAAAAGAUGGGGAACACUCAAGAGAACAUGGAAAGGAUAAAGCAGAGAAAAAGUCCACAGAUUCUGAGGAACCUGUACUUAGAAAAAUGGAGAGGCCAACUAAAGACAGCAAGUACCAGCCAGAUAAUGAGAGUGAAAGUCCUACAGGAAUAUCAAGGCAGCCUUCAACCAAAGGAUCAAGGCAGCGCAUCAAACCUGGAGGAGAAGGAACAGUGGAGACUAAUAGCCUGGCAGAUAAGAUUUCAGAGGACAAUGCUGCUAAACUGCAAGAGAAAGCAGAAUCAGCACUUGCAGUAAAACAGAAAGAAGGAGAAGCAGAGAACAUGGCUCCUGAAAAGCCUGCAGCAUCUGAAAAUGGCAAAGUACCUAAUGAUCUUCCACCUCAGGUUAUCCAAAGACGAAUUCCGCGUCCUGGCAGUGCAAGACCAGCGCCACCGCGAAUAAAACAUCAGGAAAGCACAGAGGCCUUACUUCCCGAAAGGAAUAAUAGUGGAAAAACAGUCUCAAAUUUGAUCACAGACCACCAAAAUUCUGAUGACGACGAUGACCAGUUUGUGGUGGAGGCAGCACUGCCGCUGCCAGAGAUGCCAGAGAUGGAAACGGAGCCAGAAGUGCAGCUGGUUGAGGAUGAAAAGCAUGGUGGGCUUGUAAAAAGAAUCCUAGAAACAAAGAAAGAUUAUGAGGCAUCUCAAAAAUCAUCGAAGACUGCAGAGAAGGAGAAGCCCUUUGUGUCAGAAGCAGCUAGGAAGAAAGAGAGAGACUUAGUAGCCAAAGAAAUCGAGAAGUUGCAGGUCUCUAUUCAGACACUAUGUCGGAGUUCCCUUCCGCUUGGCAAGAUCAUGGAUUACAUUCAGGAGGACAUGGAUGCCAUGAAGAACGAAUCACAGAUGUGGCGGCACGAGAACAGACAGCUUGCAGAAGCUCUGCAGAAAGAGCAAAGUAUCACAGACAGUGCUGUAGAGCCCUUAAAAGCUGAACUGGCUGAACUGGAACAGUUGAUUAAAGACCAGCAAGACAAGAUCUGUGCUGUAAAAGCUAAUAUUUUAAAGAAUGAAGAAAAAAUUCAGAAGAUGAUUCUUAGCAUAAACCUGUCUUCAAAAAGGUGAAGAAGAGAACAAAAAGCAUUGGGACUGACUGGCACUCCUACCAAAUAAAAACAAAAUAGCAGAGAAAAAUUAAGAUAUACCUUGUUCAAAUAUAAAAUUGUUAAGGACCAGAAGCCUAAACAGUAUAUGAAAUCCCAUUAGUACAUUCAUCUUUAGAGGUUGAUAUUGCCGAGGAUAAAAUUAUAUUUAUUUGAAUACACAAGUUACAGAGCUAUUAAAAUAAGUUGUUUCUUUCGAUGUGAACUGUUGUUGCUUACUUGCCAGGACUUUGCAGCCCCCUUUUCAUGCCUGGCCUCUUCAGGGCAAUUUCUGAGCCAGCCCUCUUUGCAUCCCUUUCCUUUCCUCAUACCCACUGAGGUUACUUUCAAACAUGCUGUCAAGGAAAAGGAGUUUUAGGGGAGUUUUUUGCCCCCUUAAAAACUGUUUCAGAUACCUGCAGGUUAGAAAGUUCCAUAAUCCUGUUCAUUAUUUACAGGUCUUGUAAAGAAAUCUGUAAAAGAAUGCCUCAAGAUCAAGAAGUAAAGCCUUGUGUAGCGAGCAGUUCUUUGCAUCAUUACAAAGAUGAUGUCAAAGAUUUUCAGAGCUAUCAGGAAUCUUAUUAGGACCCAUUAAAAAUGCAGUAUGAGCAUCACCAUGUAAGGGAGCAAAAGUAUUUUAUCUGUACAGGUGUUAAUUCAAUUUUUAUUGCAUAUGUUCAUUUGGAAAGGAUUAAUUUAAGUACCUGUUUCCUCCCCAAUGCAUGUUCCUGUAGCUUUUUGUAUGUGAAUAAUUUCACUGAUUUUUUUUUUCUUUUAGUCAACUACAGAUGUCUGUACUGUUUUCCUACUGACCUUUGAGUGUAUUGCAUGUCCAGCCUUACUUAUUCCUAAAUCUACAAAGCGUAUUAGAAUAGACACAACUAUAUGGUGCUGCACUGAGCACAGAAGGCUUUACUUCCCUGCAAGGCUAUUCUCUGAAGACUUUUACAAUGUGCAAAUACAUCUUCUAUUUGCAUGUUGUUUGGAUUAUGUAGGAACUGGUAGUCUCCUCUUUUUUUUUUUUUUCCCCCUUUAAUUGAGAAAUUUUUUUUUUUUGGUGGCAUCUUGCCCUUUUAAAAUACAAUUUUAGUGAGGGCUCCUAAGUAUGACUUAGUAGGCAUAAUGAGAGAGAUUUGUUUGAAUAAAUCUCAGCUUUUGGUCUUAUCAUAUUCUUACUUACAGAGACUUCUAAGGGCUUACUGAAAACUUUAGAGUAGUUCAAAGCAGUGUUUCACUUAUCUAAGCCCAAUGAAAACAGCUGCAGUCUAAAUUGUCUAAAAAAAUUGUGUGGGCAUGCACUUGUUACCUUUAAGUUAUUGGUUCACUCUUUUCUGGGUUCAUGUAUUCUUCACUAUGAUGAGUUUUGGUGUGAUAUUUUAACGCGGUUGAAUUGUUUGAACAGAAUAUUCAUUUAUCAAUAACUGUUACAAAUACCACUUUGUUUUGCUUUUAGCAUGUAAUAUAAGCAAAAUUAUUCAUUUGAAUGCUUUUCCUGAAAACCAAUGUGAAAACUACCAAGAUCUCUGAUAACUUAAAGCAAGAAUAGGCAGAGGAAUCCUAGAUAAAGUCUUGAGUUAUUCUGUAACUAUACCCUGUAUGAUGCUUGGCAUUUGGGUAUCAAAGAUUAAUUGCAAUAUGUUUCAUGCCAUAAGUCCACUGCAGUUCUUCACAUUUGCUUAGACUUCUUGCUUCAUAUGUAAAUACGGCUAGGACUGUUUUUGUAGAAAAGUAUAACAAGUACACUGUAAUGUGAGUGCAACUGUACAGAGUAUCAAAUUGUAUCAUAAAAAAAUAUUUUUCUUUUAUAUAAAAUCAUUAAAAAUUAUUACCUAUUUUUCUAGGAA